AUGGCCAAGAUGUCUACGGCCCUCGUAGGAGUGGCCUACCAGCUCCUGAAACGAGAGGCGGAAGAUGAUUCACCAGAUGGACCGGAUUCAUCUCAGAUGGAGAUCUUCUCUUCAUGGGCGCUCUUCAUUAUGAUUAUGCUGCUCAUUGCAGCUCUAUUCACCAGUUACAUGCUACAGCAGAAGAAGGUGGAAGCUGUACACGAGACGGUUAUAUCGAUCUUUGCUGGUAUGACGGUUGGCCUGAUCCUCAGACUGAGCUCCGGAACAUCAAUACAAAGUCUCGUCAGCUUCAACUACCAGAUAUUCUUCAAUCUGCUGCUUCCUCCAAUCAUUCUAGGCUCGGGGUACGAACUACACCAGGCGAACUUCUUUCGAAACAUUGGGACGAUCCUGACGUUUGCAUUUGCUGGGACCUUCAUAUCCGCGAUUGUGCUAGGACUUAUCCUGUUCGUAUACACCCGAAUACCGAUUGAUGGAUUUGACAUGACCUUUGUCGACGCUAUUUCUGUUGGAGCGACAUUGUCGGCCACGGAUCCAGUAACAAUUCUUGCCAUUUUCAACACCUACAAGGUCGACCCGAAGCUGUACACAAUCAUCUUCGGAGAAUCCAUGCUUAACGAUGCUGUAGCUAUCGUUCUUUUCGAGACAGCUCAGAGAUACAAGGAAGGCGGAGCUGCAGGAACUCUUGGCCUCGUCAGCCUGAUGGAGGGUAUUGGAAUCUUCUUGGCUGUCUUCUUUGGGAGCUUGCUCAUUGGAGUAUGUGUGGGUAUUGGAACGGCUCUUGUUCUGAAGUAUACCUAUGUUCGAAGAUUCCCCAAGAUUGAGAGUUGCUUAAUAAUAUUGAUCGCAUAUGCCAGCUAUUUCUUCUCCAAUGGCUUGCACAUGUCUGGAAUUGUCACGCUCUUGUUCUGUGGGAUCACUCUUAAGCAUUACGCUUACUACAACAUGUCACGCCGAACCCAGCUCACCACCAAGUACCUUUUCCAAGUCCUGGCUCAACUAUCAGAGAAUUUCAUCUUCAUCUACCUCGGGCUGUCGCUGUUUACCGACAGUAAGCUAGAAUUCAAACCUCUCUUCAUCAUCGUCACUGUCAUGGGAAUCUGUGUUGCCAGAUGGGCAGCCGUCUUCCCGCUCUCGAGACUCAUCAACUGGUUCAUCCGUUACCGAGCCAAGAGACGAGGCAAGGACGUCGCCGACGAGCUACCCUACAGCUACCAGGCCAUGCUCUUCUGGGCCGGUCUCCGAGGAGCAGUCGGAGUCGCUCUUGCAGCCGGUCUCUCAGGCGCAAACGCAUGGGCUUUAAAAGCCACCGUUCUGGUCGUCGUGGUGCUCACUGUCAUCAUCUUCGGUGGAACCACAGCCCGUAUGCUCGAAAUUCUCGGCAUCCGCACCGGCGUUAUCGAAGAAAUUGAUUCCGACGACGAAUUUGACAUCGAGGCCGUGCCAGGCGGCACAUACUACAAGCAAAACUCAUCUGGCUUCGGCAACGCCCAACGAAGGAACGGGUCUGUUCAGUUAGAUGGCAUGAACGGCCGCAGAAAAUACGAUCGUGGCACUUACGUGAGCGGUAACUCCAGUCCCAUCAAUGCGCCCAAGGGCCUCGCCCGGAAAAACUCCAGCGGCCGCGACAUGCGCGAAAGCGAGCAAGAGCUUCUGCACCCCAAUUCGGCAGAAGAAUCGGAUCUGGAUAUCGAUAGCGAUACGUCUGAUUUGCCGCCUGUGGCCAAACGCGCGGAGAGGAAGCGAAGUAGCCCACCGCCGAGAGAAAGGGAGGAGCCAUAUCCGACGAGCGGGAGCGCAAGCCACGAGGGUCCGCAGAUUACAGCGAGCGGGGCGAUCUCCUCACUGUUGCAUGGCACAUCGGAGGAUCACGCGGCGUGGUUCAGGCAGCUGGAUGAGGGCUUUAUCAAGCCAAAGUUAUUGCUAGAUGGAGGGAAAGGACCGCAUGGCGGGCCGUCAUAG